GACAGAAUAAAAAUCCAAUUUCAAACACGAUAGAAGAAUGGAUUUGAGGUUGAUGGGUAUUGAUAACACACCACUCUUCCACACUCUUCAGCAUAUGAUGGAAGCUGCUGGUGAAGAUUCCGUGAAUGCACCAUCAAAGAAGUAUGUUCGUGAUGCUAAGGCAAUGGCUGCGACACCAGUGGACGUGAAAGAGUAUCCUGAUUCAUAUGUUUUCGUUGUGGAUAUGCCAGGGUUGAAAUCUGGAGAUAUCAAAGUGCAGGUAGAAGAAGACAAUGUGCUGUUGAUUAGUGGUGAAAGGAAGAGGGAAGAAGAGAAAGAAGGUGUAAAGUUUAUUAGAAUGGAGAGAAGGGUUGGGAAAUUCAUGAGGAAGUUUAGUCUGCCGGAGAAUGCGAAUACUGAUGCAAUUUCUGCAGUUUGUCAAGAUGGAGUUCUGACUGUUACUGUUCAGAAGCUGCCUCCUCCUGAGCCAAAGAAGUCCAAAACCAUUCAGGUCAAAGUUGCUUGAAAAUAUAAAGUUACUCUGUUUUCUUGCUCUGUUUUGAUGUAAUAAAGCAAUUGCUGCUCUAGAUUACCAUAUUUUGAUGCAUCCAAGGAUUAACAAAAUACAAAUUUUAAUGCAUGUAUCUUGUUUGAUAAAGAAUCGAAUUUUAAUUACUUUUUGCC